GAUCCAAUGUUGCUAAGAGCUGAUGCAGCUCUUCUCGUGGACCAUUCGGCGCCGCCCACAGAUGCAGACAUGAAAAAGGAUUCGUCUGCGUCUAACAAAGAUCUUGAAACGGCACGCAGUAUGUCCCCUGGCCCUCAAGGUGAAGCAGCAGUUCCUGUGGAAAUGAACAUUGCUGAGGAUAAGAAGACGACAGUUUCUGAUGAAAGUGACAUAAAAACUGCUGUCGCAGCCACGCCCGAGAAAAAACCCUCUUAG